CGCUCCCCCACUUACCUGUGCAGUGUUCACCACGCACCCGCAGCGAGCUAGUUCUGGCGAGCGGUCACUCCUGGAGUGCGUGUCUGUGUGUAUGCGGGCGCCGUGCGACUUAAUACUCACUAUGAACAAACGAAAAAGGAGCUGGGCUGUAGCCUUUUGUGUGUCGUAGUGCUUUUGGGAUAUGUUCAGAACCCACUAGUGACGGGGGAUUUCCUUUCAAGUUUAGUGACGAUUCUUGUGAGUUGACAUCAUGAAGAUGGCCAGGCGAGGAGGCGCGGACCCCACACCUAUCUGCCGCUGCCGAGUCCUGUAUCUGGGGUCGUCCGUUCCCCAGGUUACCAAAGACGGCCUACAGGGCAUACAGGAACCCCUGAGGGAGCUCUAUCCUGCAGAAGGAGCGGUCAGCGCACGCGGGAUAGACUCCUGGCUCUCGGUGUGGUCCAACGGGCUCCUACUGGAAAAUGUAGACGAAAACCAGAAAAAGGUGACGCGUUUCUUCCCCAUUGACUCUCUCCACUACUGCGCGGCCGUCAGGUAUGUGGUGGUGGCUGGCGGCGAGGGCGCUGCCGUGCAGAGAUUCUUGCCACUUGAUUCCCCCUUCGCCAGGAAUCCUAACAUCAAUCACCCGCCGUUGUUCGCCUGUAUCAUGCGCCGCACCACCGGCAUUAAAGUUCUGGAGUGCCACGCCUUUAUAUGCAAGCGGGAGACUCCGGCAAACGCACUGGUACGCUGCUGCUUCCACGCUUACGCUGACUCCAUGUACGCCCGAAGUCUGGAGGGCGGUGGCGGGGGCGGCGGUGGUGGCGGCGGCGGCGGCAACAGCCAGUACGGCUCUGUGUACGGCGGCAGAGCAACAGAGGAACGCGUCCUUGAAAUAGAAGACUUCAACAGUGCGGCCUCAGAGAUCAUUCCUACAUCUCUGGGUUCCUCGCCCACUCAGGACGCGCCCGCCUCGCCCUCCUCCCAGGACUCGCCAGGAGAUGAAAUAUCGAUAUAUAAUGGCGACGAGAAUCACAAAGUUUGGGCAGGACAGAUUAAACCCGAGAAUGAGCUCAUCUAUUCCGACUAUUCCUCGGGGACGAUGCGAUCAGCGAGGUCAACAGCGUCGAUAUACGGAACUGCAGGAGGGACGCGCCCCUCGCGUCCCCGCCAGAUGAUCAUGCCCUCCGUCGCCCCUCCGCCUCCGCCAGAGACAGACAAGGAUAAAAAGGGUAAGAAAGAUGGCAAAAAUAAGGGUCGACGUGAUGAGGAGGAGAUGAGCAGGCUGACCAACGGGGGACCCCCGCGCCCCGCCAGUGUGGUCAACGGCGGGAUGAGGCACCAUAACGGUAGUCUCCCGCGACACAUUAACGGCCACUCCUCCCCACCUAAGAUGAAGGGAAAGUUUCGCAUACUUGGCACCAGCAGCCUCUCCGACAGGAAGAGCAAGGGGAUGCGUGCUCCUCCGCCCUUCAUAAUGGUGCAGGGGCCUCCUGGGCCACCUGGACACCAUGGCCCACCUCCCCAUCAUGGCCAUCACGUGCCACAUGGACCAUCAGGUCCACAUGGACCACCUCCGGGCCCUCAUUUAGCAGUUCCCAUGGGACCCAUGCCACCUCCACACAUGGUGCCCAUACAGGGCCCUCCGCCGCCUCAUAUGCUGCCCCCACCAGGGCCCCAGCACGUCUUGCUGCCCCCUCCUGGGCCCAUGGGACCACACGGACCUCCAGGACCACAUGGUGGCCCUUAUGGACCUCCAGGGCGUCGGCCUCCAUCAAGGGUACUUGAGGAACCUAUCUACAUGCCCUCUACCCGGCCCCUGAGCCCCACGGCGUCGUACCAGCCGGGGCACUUCCCCCACGAGCAGUACCUCAUGGAACACUACGCCACAACUGGCAGACCCAAACACAAGAAGAAAAAGAAAGGGGGCAACAAAAAGGAAUCUGACGAGGAUAUAUACGGCAGAAAGGGUCACCUGAACGAGAGGGCCUUCUCGUAUAGCAUCCGGGAGGAGCACCGGUCUCGCUCCUACGGGUCGCUGGCGGGUAUCGGCGAGGACUCGAUGAGCAAGAAGGACCGCGAGAUCCUACAGAUGGUGGCGGACCUGGACCUGAGUGGAGACGAGCUGGAGAGGGUGGAGCCUCGACCUGGCGUGUACCGGCCGCCUCACUCCGACCGGCUCUCAGCCUCCGGCACCAUCACCUCCAGGAUCUCCCGAGCCUCCAGACGAUAAACACACAGGUCAGUACAAGAUGGUGACGAGGUUGGACCUGCAGUCCUGUAUGAGGUAGGCUAGACGGAAGGUUGUGUACUGUCUCUGUAGG